AUGGCUUGUCUGAGCGCUCUGCUGCUACCAAGCAAGCGAGCGGGUCCUGUGCUUAGCCUGUCAUCUCUGCCUGGCACUGUUCAAGACUGUGAUGUUCCCAUCCUCUUCAGAGAACCCUACAUUCGCUCUGGCUAUCGGCAGGUGGGCCACGGCUGGCGUUUCUAUCUACUGAGCCUCUUUCAGUGGCACAACGAGUCACUGAACGUGUGGAGUCACAUGCUGGCGGGGUUAGCCGUGGCUCUGAGGUUCUGGGUGUUUUCCUGGGAGGUUAGCCUGUGUGUAUGCCUACCCUCCCUGCCACUCUUCCUCUAUAUUCUCUCCACCCUUACCUACCUGGCCUGUAGCACCACCGCCCACCUCCUGCAGUCUCACUCCGAGCUCGCCCAUUAUUCCCUGUUCUUCCUGGACUAUGUGGGCGUCAGUGUUUACCAGUAUGGCUGUGCCAUAGCCCUCUAUUUCUAUAGUUCAGAGCUGGAGUGGCGGGAGAGUAAGGUCGGAAAGGUGUUUCUCCCAUGCGCCGCCCUGCUAGCGUGGCUGACCUGCACGUGUUGCUGCUUCGCCAAGCUGCACUACCGACGCCCGUAUCCGCUGCGCCGAAAAAUGUGCCAGCUGAUGCCCACAAGUUUGGCGUACUUGCUGGUCAUAAGCCCGGUGGCCCACCGCCUGGCAACCAGUUCCUGGAGUGACCCUGCGUUGAGCCUCCACGUUCUCCAAGUGUUCUUUUUUCUCCUAGCGGCCAUCUUCUUCUCCUGCCCGGUGCCAGAGUGCUUCUUCCCUGGAAGCUGUGACAUUGUGGGUCAUGGACAUCAAGUAUUUCAUGUCUUCAUUGCCCUCUGCACCCUGGUCCAAUUGGAAGCCCUGUUUAAAGACUACUUGGCCCGGAGACAGACACUGCUGCAGGAGCACGGUGAGAUCCAGCUACUCCUGGCAUGUGCCUCCUUCCCCACGCUGGUGCUUUGCAGCAUGCUGACGGCGGCAACUAUGCGCAGACAGGCACAGGUGAAACUUGAGGCAAGGCCAAGGUAA